AUGGUCAGCUUCCUCCGAAAGAGUGUUUUCCCUAGCAAGGAACUUAAUUUAACUUUCCUUCAGUUGCAACAUAUUAGUUCUGGUUACUGCAGUAACCGAUUACUGGCCGAUUUUCUGGCCUCGUAUUUGUCGGAAACCGAGCAUCCCACAACUUCGAUUCAUGGCGAUCGACUACAGAGUCAGCGCGAACAAGCUCUGCGCGACUUUAAGACUGGCAAGAUGAAAGUGCUCAUUGCCACAUCGGUUGCUUCUCGUGGUCUAGAUAUUAAGAACGUCAAGCAUGUCGUUAUCUACGAUAUGCCCAAGACCAUUGAUGACUAUGUUCAUCGUAUUGGACGCACCGGGCGUGUGGGAAAUUAUGGUCGGGCCACUUCGUUCUUUGAUCCCGAGCAGGAUUCGGGCGUGGCCACAGAUCUGGUGAAAAUUCUUGAGGGAUCUGAGCAGGUAGUGCCCGAUUUUCUACGCGUUUUGAGUGGCCAUGGCGGUUGCGGGGCCCAGUUUGGUGGCUAUGAUGUUCGCGGAAGUGGAAAUAUCAUCCAGGAAGCUUCAACUGUAGAAGAUGAACAGGAAUGGGACUAGGUCGCUCUGACUAAAAAAAAAACCAUUGACU